AUGAGGCCGUGGGUGGCGGUACUGGCCUUGUGGGAGGUGCUGAGGGCUGCAGCUGGGCGGUCGCCCGCCUUACCGACCAUCGUGGAUCAGGCCUUCAUCGAGGCCUGCGUGCACGUCCACAACGAGCUCCGCGCCAAAGUCCAGCCGGCCGCCAGCAGCAUGCGGUACAUGACUUGGGAUGCAGCUUUGGCAAGGACUGCAAGGGCAUGGGCAAAUAAAUGCAUUUUUGAACAUAAUGUGUACUUAAGUCAGAAACAUCAGUGCCAUCCUAAUUUCACAUCUAUUGGAGAGAAUAUUUGGGUUGGAAGUCAUCAAGCAUUCCAUGUUGCUGAUGCCAUUAAAUCGUGGUAUAAUGAAGUCAGAUUCUAUAUUUUUGCAGUGCAGAAAUGUAGUAAGGUUUGCGGUCAUUACAUUCAGGUUGUUUGGGACAAUUCAUAUAAAAUAGGCUGUGCUGUUACUCUAUGUAGGGAAGUUGCAGGAAUACGAAAUGCAGUAAAUUUUGUUUGCAACUAUUCACCAGGGAUCUCUCCAUUACCUGGUGCUCCACACACCCCACACCCCCCCCACUGCCAGUGGCACCUGCAUGGUGCCUUGUGGGUCUCAGGAGUGCCCAUGGUGGAUCGGAAGGUCCUUGUAGCCCCGAAGCAAGCAGCCGACAGGAGAGACCAACCUCUGUCCUCUGGCAGGACAGAAGGACACGACGGGACCAAAAGCGUCUUGGAGCCGGCGUGCUGUGCCUACGGAGAAGGUGGCCAGUCUCCUCCCACUGACCGCUUCGGCUUGGUCUUUUUUAAAGAAAUAAUUGAUUAG